AUGAAGUUCAAACCCUUUGUGACUUCUGACCAGAGCAAUGCACCUUCCCACAUUCGAAGGAAGAUUAUAUCUUCUCUUUCCAAAGAGCUGAGACAGAAGUAUGAUGUUCGAUCCAGGCACAUCCGAAAGGAUGAUGAAGUUCAGGUUGCUCAAGGACAUUACAAAGAGCAGCAAAUUGGCAAAGCAGCCCCGGUCUACAGGAAGACAUAUGCCAUCCACAUUGAACGAGUGCAAUGGGAGAAAGCUAACGGUACAACUGUUCAUGGGGGCAUUCACCCCAGCAAGGUGGUGAUCACUAGGCUAAAGCUGGAUAAAGGCUGUGAAAAGAUCCUUGAACAUAAAGCCAAAUCUCUUGAAGUAGGAAAGGAAAAGGGCAAAUACAAGGAAGAAACAAUUGAAAAGAUGCAGGAAUAAAGUAAUAUUAUAUACAACUUCCAUUACAAACUUAAAA